AUGGCCAUCACGUCAAACGUUCCUCGCGGGCCCGUGACAGCGAAGCUAAACUAUUUCAACCCACCGGCCGAUGGCUCGAAGCCCUUCAACCACGUCGACACGCCACCAGAGGGCCUGCCGCAGCGUAAUUUCACAGACGCGGUUGUUGAGACUCUCAUUCAUGACAUAAGAGGGAACGAGGCCGACUACAACCUGGACAAGGAUGCGUUCCAGGUCAUCCAGAACGUCCCAGAGUCCAAGGAGAAGGACUUCACGGACGAUGAGUCCAUAAAAGCCAAGUACUACCCGGAGCUCGAGGAGCUGCUGCUGAAGAACAUCCCCGGCGCCCACAAGGUCGUCUUCUUCGAUCACACCAUUCGCCGUGCGGACCCCAACGCGAAGCGCGCGCCUGUAAACAGGACGCACAUCGAUCAGACCGCCGCCUCGGCCGAGAUGCGUGUCAAGAGGCACCUGGGCGACGACGCGGACAAGCUGCUGCAGGGGAGGUACCGGAUCAUCAAUGUCUGGCGCCCGUUGAACAAGAAGCCCGUCGAGUCGUUCCCCCUGGCCUUCGCGUCCUCGUAUAGUGUCGACGAUGCGGACAUCAUCCCUGUCGAGCACCGCUAUAAUAAUGGCUACACUGGGUUUACUGCUGCUAUCCGGGCCAAUCCCAACCAGAAGUGGAACUACUUGAGUGGAAUGACUGGCGAUGAGCGGUUGUUGCUGGAGUGUUUCGACAGUGAGGCACUCAAGGAGGGUUCGAAAGUUCAAGGUGGAAGGCUUGCCCACACAGCCUUUGAGGAUCCAAGAACACGACCUGACGCAGAAGGCCGCGAGAGCAUCGAGGUAAGGACGCUAGUUUUCGGGCCAUAA